AUGACGCCCGUCGAGGAGGGACACUUUAUUUCAACAAGUUCCCGAAAGAGGCCGAGCGGGGAGGAGUCUGAGAACAAUGCCAAGCGGGCGAAAGUGACACACGACGUACGGGAACAGAAUGCUUUGACGCAUUUGCUUGAUGAAGCACGGAGACCACGCACCGUCAACGCAGCACAGGGGACCCCUCAUGAACGUACCGCAGGCCCUCAGCUGUCCCCUGGUCAAGGGCCAGUCGGUCAGUUCGGCUACACGCCAUCUCCUUGGCAAAUUCGAGUCGCAACGUUGGUUCAUGGGGAACAAAGUCGAACACCUGGGACCACACCGGAGAAGGCAGCCGCGCCGAGAGAGCACAUACCCCUCAUGGACGGAAUAGUAGAGGACGACGAGAAUGGGAAGCCUUACCAUUGCAUCGUCGAUGGUUGUGAGAAGAAAUACAAAAAGCUCAACGGGCUUCUAUACCAUAGUCAAGUGUCGCAUUCGACGCAGCCGAUGGAUUUGGACGAUCCCAGACCUUAUAAGUGCAUCAUAAAGGGCUGCGAUAGAAGUUACAAGAACUCGAAUGGGCUAGCCUAUCACAUCGAGAAGAACCACGACGCUUGUAGGCCACCCACACCAGUAACGCCGAAGAAACAACCAGAUAUUGAAGUCGAGAAGCCCUUCACUUGUCCCUACAAGGGCUGCGACAAGGCAUAUAAGAACGCGAAUGGAUUGGCAUAUCAUUUGUCGAAAGGAAAGGCAACUGGUCAUAACGUCGAAGGAAACACAGGCACAGGAGUCAAAGCAUACAAGUGUGCUGUAUGUUCAUCUUCUUUCAAGUCACCUCAAGGGCUAAGUGGGCAUAUCGAGACGGCGCAUGCGGAUAUGGAGCCGAUAUCUGCACAAACUGUGAAAGCAUCUUCACCCACCUUGCUCAAGCCUUACAAAUGCGCUGUUUCCGGAUGCCGUCGGAGUUACAGGACUCCUCAGGGAUGGGCGGGACACAUCAUUGAGACGUCGCAUACCGAUAUGGAACCUAUGGCCGGUCACUAUGUCGAUACCGACUCGGCUACAGGCUUGAAAGCAUACAAGUGUGCUGUUUCGGGAUGUCAUCAAAUCUACGCGAAUCCCCAGGCAUGGGCCGCCCACAUCAUCGACGAAACAUCACAUGAUCAGGACUUCGCCACGGGCGUCAGAAUAUACAAAUGCACUGCAUGCCGGAAGCAAUACAAAACCCCGCAAGGGUAUCUCGGGCACAUGGAGUCGGCGCAUCCCGACCUGGAUCCUUCAACUUCGCCCGACACGGGGGUCCAGAUCCAGCUGGAAUGCCCGUCCUGCAUGCGUUCUUUCCGGUCACAACAAAGUCUCGAAGCACAUAUGGUUACGUUGCAUAACAUACAACAAACGCAACAAACGAACGCAAUAGCGGGAAAUAAAACACACCUAUCACCAGCGGAGGCAGUGGCAGCCGCACAUCAAACGUCGUAUCGGAGGGAAAACAACAGGGUCGCAGCGGAGAUCGCUCAAGCCACGACGGUUCGUCGAUCGGCUCUACAGCACGACAAGUCAUAUGAUCAACGACAGCCGCACCAUCCCGACCACUUUGCAGUCUACCACUCGUACUAUCUGGCUGAAGAGGCGGCGCAUUCGAGGUGA